AUGUAAAACCUUAAAAUUAUUUGGUUUAAAAAAUUUGUUAAAUAGUAAACACUAUUUAUUUUCACACUAAUAUUUAGUAUGAUACUUGAAUAGUUUCAUUUAAGCAUUAUUUUGGACAAAGGAUUUUAAAAAUCUUAUAAUAAAUGAAUUCAAACGAGAGACUGUUGAAUUUUUAAAACCAUUUAGUUUAAAAACCAAUUUUUUGAAAGUAUUACUUUGAAUAAUAUUAGUGUUUCUUAUUUUUGGAUUCAAUGACUGAUGAUAUAGAUUACACUCCUUUACUAUUAAAAAGAUCUUUAAGAGAACCAUAUAAAACAGAUGUUAGACAAUAAGAUGCAGCUGAAUUUGGAGUUCAUUUAUUUGAAGAUAUGGAAAAUAAUUUUGAUCCAGAAGAAUAUGUAUAUAAAAAUAAUUAAUACAUUUAGAAAUAAAUCAAAGAAAUUUUUUAUGGUAUGUCAAAAUCUACUUUUAUUUGUAAGAAUUGUGAAAAACAAACAAAAGGUCCAGAUGAAGAGUUUAUGUAUAUUACUUUAAACUUUGAAGACAAUAGAUAAGCUAAAAUGAAAGAUGAAAUAGAAAAAAUGAUUGAAAGACAUUAAAUGAAAGAAUAAAUUACUUUUAAUUGUGAAUAAUGUUAAAAGACUACUUAAAGUACUCGUACUCUAUAAUUUUCAAAAUUACCUAAAAAUAUAAUUAUGUAAAUUAACAGAUUUGAAUUUCAAUAAGGAGUUCGUUCUAAAAUAAAUGAUUAAAUCAAUUUAAAAGCUAUAAUAAAAAUAUAAGAAGAAGAUAAAGAUUUAAAUUAUGAAUUAUAUGCUGUUUUAAUACAUUUUGGAGAAAUACCAGAUGCAGGUCAUUAUACUAUUUACUGUAAGGUAGAUAAAAAUUGGUAUCGAUUUGAUGAUAAUUAAGUAAAUAAAAUUGAUGGAGAUUUUGAUAUAAUUUAAAGAAAUUUCAAGUAAAUUUAAAUUAAAUAUUAUUUUAUAGAAAGGAAGAAACACCAUAUUUGUUAUUUUUUCGAAGAAAAAAUAAUUGA